AUGGCUGACGAAGAUGAAGAUGAACCCUGGCUGAUAGGUGUAAAUUUAUUAUCAGAAUGUGGCAAAUCAGUCAUAAAGUUAGGUCUGGUUGUGUUACCUAAAGAAAAGAAAUACACCUUAAAUCAGCUACGCAAAGAACUAUCAAAACAAUUGCCAAGUCUUCCUGCUUGUUAUAGUUUCUGUACAAAACAAAGGCUGCCUAUUUCUGAAGGACAUGAAUCUCAAUUUAAAAUAGAUUGGAUUUUAUCAGAAGAUCAAACGUUGUUUAUAAAACAAAAAUUUGAUAAGCCAAAGAUAGGAGUGAAGUUGAAUUCAGGGCUGGCAUUAGGAUCUAUCUUUAUAAAUUACAACAGCAGACUAUCUCAACUACGCACUUUGAUUUUCAAUGAGAUUGAGUUAUCAGAUAGAUUUAUAUUUAUUGAUAAUAAUGGAUGGCCAGUGAGAAAGAAUCAGGAAGAAAGAAUGAUUGUAUCAGAGGUAGUGAAUGAGUCCUGUAUUACUUUGUCACCUGAUAUUAUAUACCUAGAAAACCACCUGUCUACCGCUGAUUAUAAUGAUAACUCUUUAUUAUCUGAUACACCUCCUAGAAAAAAAAUCAAAAGAAUGAAAGAGCUGACAUUUUGUACAAGUAAAGAUAAUACAUACAAGUCAUCAUGUUCUAGUGUAGAGAGUGUCUCUAUACCCUCUAAACAGUUACUGAUUAGUUAUGUCAGAGCAGAGGCUGCUCAACAUGCUCUAGAUUUAAAACAACAGUUGUCUUCCCUUGGAUUCAGUGUUUAUUUAGAUGUCCAUGAAAUAAAAUCAGGUGUUGAUUGGCAGGAUUCAUUAAACUAUGCUGUUAGUAAUUGUCAGAUAUUUUUACCAUUAAUAACACCACGAUAUGGUGAAACACAGUGGACCAAUAGAGAGGUUAAAUUGGCUGAUGUUUUAGGGAAAUAUAUUCUCCCUAUUAAUUUUCUGGAUACAUGGCCACCUAGAUGUUUAGCUAUACAGUUUGCUACAACUCAAUAUAUAGCAUGGAAAACAUUGGAACAGCUCAAACAUGAUAAAAUUACAUAUGGAGAAGAAAGAGCUAAUGAUAUAGGUACCUGGAAUGAUGAAUAUAUAGCUCAUGUUGCUAAGUCUAUAGCUAAUAGACUAGAACAAUUAGUGGGUAUGGAACUAGAGAGACUACCAUCUUUAACUAGAAGGAAGACUUUAAUGAAGACAUUUGCUGGUAAACUACCAACUGAAGUUUUAGCUCAAGUUUCUUAUGACAGUGAAAACAAUGAAGCACCUAAUAUAGUUAUCUGUGUUCAUCCUGCUCAAAAAACGUUUAGCAUUCAUAUAAAAGAUUGGUUGAUGGAUCAUGGAUUUGAAGUAUGGUGUUCUAAUGAAAAAGAUUCUGAUAUUGUUGACUCUGAUACUCUCCCACCAAGUCAAGAUAGUUUAAUAGAAUGUAGUAAUGAUGUUACAGAUGGUGAAAAUGGUGUAUUACCAGUAGAUAAUGAUUACAUAAAAUAUUUCCAAGAGAAAGCAGACCAAGCUGAUAUUGUAUUAAUUAUUCUCUCUAAAGAUUUUACUACUUCUAGAACAUGUCAACAGCAGGUAUAUUACUGUGAACAAAGAAAACCAGUAAUACCAUUACAAUAUGAAGAUGUUCGUAUACCAGGAUGGUUAAGUAUGUUAAUUGGUUCAACUCCCUUCCAUAAUAUACAUCAGGAAGGUUAUAAAGAGUUGUUAUUGUCUCAGAUCAAUCGAUGUUUACAAUCAGGUAACAAGGAUAACUUACAGUUAGAGAUAAAUGAUGCCAAAAUAAACACUAUGGUAAAUCAUAUCAAGAAGUCUAUCAAUAACCCAUACUGUGUGUAUAUUUCUGGUAGUACUAAAUUUUAUAAUGAUACAACAGAGAGUAUCUGUAGAGCUAUAGGAACUAGACUAGCUAAAAGAGAAGAUAUAACACUGGUUACUGGUGGAUUCUAUGGUGUAGGUGAAAAACUGAGUAAGGCUUUCUUUGAGCAAAAUCAAACACUUCGCAGGAAGAAUAGAGUAUGUCAUGUAUUACCAGAGAGAGACAAACAGGACAGAAGUGAACAAGCUAAACAGGGUAUUGAUGACAAGUUUGAAAAGGUACCAUUUGGUGAAAGUUUAUUUUGUGGUGAAAGUGUUCGAGAAAGAGAAACUAUUGUGGCCAAAUGUUUUGAUAUCUGUAUCUUGAUUGAAGGAGGACCAGGAGCAGCCCAUGAAGCAGAAGAAUUUGUAUGGAAUGAUCAUAUUGUUAUUCCUAUAUAUUGUACAGGAGGUGCUGCUGGUGGAAAGUUUGGAGUCCCAGACAAAAUAUUUCAUGCCUGUAAGUUUCACUAUCCUUUAGCAUCAAAAGCAAAAGUGAACAAACAAACUGGGAAGAAAAAAAUGAUAAGAUCACAUUGUAAAGUUCCACAAGGUGUAAGUCAGUCAGAUUGGAAUCUUCUGGGUAAGAAGUCUGUAUCACCAGAGCAGAUUAGUCAAGCUGUUUUUAAUAUAAUAGACAGUUUAUUUCAAAAUAUUACUUGUGAUAAAUCAAACAUUCCUAUAUCUUCCUCAUGUCCAUUAACCAAAUCAAACGAGAAGAGUUCUCCCCAUUCUUCUCCCAUUACCCCAACAUUAACAUCCAUGAGCACCUUAAUUUUACCAUAACUUUAAUUGUUUAAAUCAUUAGGAGAAAAUUGGCAUGUGUCUCUUCAAAUCGCGAAGUCAAAGUCUACAAAAUCUAAUUUAGGUAGACAGGAGUAGUCUACCAGUAAUCUAGCAACACUUCCUUAAUAUAAUCCUUCCAUGGAGAAUAGAUAUGUCUAGAAUUAACAAUAGUAAUAACAUAAAUACAGAUAAUGAUAUAAAGAAUAAUACUGAUGAUAAUAAUAAUGAGAAUUCUAAAAGGUUAAGAAUCUAUAACAAUUGUUUUUUUUAACUUCCUAAAAGUAUAAUAAAUUGAAAAAUGUUUAAAGCACAACUUGAGAGACUGCCUGUUUUCAGAGAGUAUGCUGGGUAAUAAUUCAACCACAUACUACAUUCCAAAUUUUACUCAUAAAUUUUC